AUGGAGAUUACGAACGAGGGUCAUCAGGAGUUUAAUGAUGAUACACCUGUUUUAACGGCACAAAUCACCAACACUGGGCAUGACAAUGGCAUUGCUAAUUUGGAGGUGGUCCAAGACACGUCAAAGUCUCUGCUUGCCAAGUGUCACUCCAACCAGCAGCCGGAAGAUCGAGAGAUCAAAAUUGAAGACGUCAAUAAUGGCGAGUCGAGAAUUGAAAGAGAUUCACUUGAAAAAGAAACAGAUUCUGUAAAAACUGUUAAAAGUCCAAGUUCGUUAGCUUUUACCAUUGACUUUGGUGGCAACAAAGAAGUUGACUCUGCUAAAUAUCAAAAUUUAUUUCAACGAUAUAAUGCCAGGCAUAAACGAAAUCUUUCAACAUCUAAAAUUGAGAUUAAAUCUAAACCUGUUGCUGAUUCGUCGCCAAAUUGUCUACAAAAACAUAAACCAGUGAGUAUCCAUUCAGAAGGAUAUUUUAGCAGUGAAGAUGAUACUAAAAGAAAAGCUGAUAGAUUGUCACAAAAAUUAAAAGAAUUAGGUUUAAAAAAUACUAAAGGUGCUACUAAAAAGUCUGAUUUAAUGUCGAGAUCGAUGACUGAGAACACAAACGGCGACACAAAACGUAGAUCGUACCACGAGGAGUCGACGAAUAAUUGUGUGUAUGAAAUAACGUACUCGGCAACGAUGAAUGACUUGAGUAAAAUGCAGAGUAAUGUUGAAGAGGAAUUAAAUCGUGUGCAAUAUUCGCCGGAAAAAAAGUACACUAAAAAUAUCGAGUAUAUUGAGAUAAAUCAUGACUACGGUGAAGAAGUCGAAAAAUCGAGUUUAGACACUGUCGAAAAGCUUUCAAAUACUAGCUAUAUGUCCGACAAUUGUCCAUCCAAUGAAUUCGCUAGCAGCAGUAGUAGACAAACAAACGUGCAGAUGAUGAGUGUUAGUUACACUGGAGAAUCCAGUGGUGAUUAUGAUCAAACAAACUUGGAAGUUUUUAAUGUCAGUACUGUCGACGCUGGAUCUGAUGGUACAGUAAGUGAAGCCGGGACUUAUACAAUUCAUAAGGAUUAUACAGACGAAGAAAAAGCAAGAAUGGAUAUCGAUAAAACCUUCAGUGUCGGGGUACUGACUGAGGAAGAGAGCAAUGAAUUGUACGUCCAUCAUUUUAAGAUGCGAAGCUCUCGUGAUACUAAUACAUGGAUUACCGAGUGGGCAACCCAAGUUGCCGAACACAAUUCACUACCGCCUGUGAUCGGUGGCACAACUGGACGCACACCGCCAAUGAGUCCGUCUAAAAUUCCAUCCCCGAUUUACUCGCGAACCCAACGGGCUUCGAGAACCCGUUAUGAGCAGAGUGACAGCAGUUUGGACGCUGAAAUUCAACAAAUGCGUGAUAGAAUAACUUCAGUGCCAAAUUCUAAUCAACAUACGCUGAUUGAUUCUGGCGGAGAGUCUGAUGAGGACACCAGCAACAGUUACAACACUCCGCCUCAUAGUUCUCAACGCACUCCAACGCACAGCGCUCUUGUACGUCGUGGCAGCCUGUCCGAAUCGCUGUUCAAGCGAGUUAAUCACAAUGACUGUCGACGUAGCAUGAGAAAGUAUCCUGAGAUUAAGAAAAAAGAAGAAAUUCUUGAUGUGCCAAAGAGUCCGUCCCACGUUCUAGCUCGUCUUCAUCUUGAACGCGGUAAUUCUUUAGAUCGCAAGUCUGAUACUGCUGAAUCAAAUUCAUCACGACGCAGUAGUCUUAAGAAUUAUACAACUGAUGAUAAUUUUAAGCAUACAAACAGUCCAAUUUUAAAUCGUCUUCGUACUAAUAACUCUACAACUCCUAAAUUAACAAAUAGUCCGAUACUUGGACACAAAACAAUUACUACUAAAAUAUUAAACUCACCGAGCUUUGAAAGACCUAAACAAUUGCUUGUUAAAUCAAAUUCACAAGCCAAAAAUGUUGGUUACUUUACGUGUGUUGAGAAUAGUCCUUAUAUGCUGAGAAAAUCAAAUAGUACGUCAAAUUACCGAGAAGACACGUCACCGGGGAUCAAGGAGCUCUCAGUGCUCAAUAGCAAUAGUAUUUAUCAGCGUAAUUCUGUGGGUAUUCAGCGUUCUUCCAGCAAUACAAGUAUCCGCAUUGCAAAAACUAAAAAUAUGUUAGCACGUCGCAGCAGCUUCAAUGAUCAGGGAGACCGAUUGUCUAAAACGAAGCAUGUUGUGUCAGAUAGCAGCAGUGAAGCUGGAGAAACGCACAACAUACCAGCUCCGCCGAUAUCAUCUGGUAUUAAAUUAAAUCGCGCAUUCAGUAUUCGUAGAGCACGUGUUACUUGUGAUUCAGACACGACACCCAACACGACUCCAGAAGAACGACGACGGAAAGCUCAAAUGGAAAUAAAAUCCGCCCCGUCUUCUGCACGUCAAUCAUCAAGUCAUCAUCGUGCGCGGACGAGCAGUGUUGGUGCCAAUAAUAAAGAUAAUUAUAAAAAACCUGAGACACGUCCUCGUGUUCCCUCGUUGUCUAGAAAUGAGGGUGGUAGGUACAGUAUGCGUGGCCAGAAAAGUACAUCUAGUGCAUCAACUUCACGGCCUAAUUCCGGUGUUAAAGGCGGCAAAGAUGCGAAAAAUUCAGGUCGCAGUAAUUCAACGUUAACUUCAAAAGAAGUUGAAUUUCAAAAUUGGAAACGUAGAAAAAAUUAUGAUCCGAUGAAAGCUGCAGCAGAGGGUAAAAAAAAAUUGGACAUUUCAAGAAAACAUCACAGCACAGAAGACGGCAAUAACAGUCGGGAUAAUUCAGUUUUACGCUCAGCGAGCUUUCAUGGCACACAUGGAGCGCUUUCUCUGGCUGAUGACUGGUCUGAUAAUGAAUUAAAUUUUGUCGAGCAAAAAGAAAUAAUUCAGAUACCUCCACCGUGCAGUCCUCGCGACAGUGACAGUGAUUUAGAUACGUCAUCUUAUCUUCAGACGACGCAAAAUGUCAUGUCUGCUAUGUCUGCAAGGAUCACUGUCUAUCAGCCAGCGCCAGUUGAUUCUGGAGGCGAAAGUGAUGAGGACACCAGCCAAAGUUUGAGACAAACGAAUAAAAUAUCUCAUCAAGUUAGUGACACUGAGAGCAGCGAUGACCCGCAUCCUGUCGGAUCGAAAUUCAACCGAUCGUAUGGCCUGAGAAAAUCACGAGAAAGCCAGGAAGUUAAGAGCGCGCCGAUUAAAACACGAACUCCUGUAGUUAAUUCAAAACCCAGAGCUGAAACCGCUAGUAUUGCUCGCACAGAUUCCGGGAGAUUCAGUAUGCGUACCAAGGGAUCAACAACUGGACCAAAAGCUAAACCUAAAGACGUGAAAAAACAGAGCCAGUCUAUCACCAGAGAACAGGAAAUGCAAAAUUGGAAGAGGCGGAAGAGUUAUGAUCCAAUGAAAGCUGCGAUGGAAGGCAAGCGGAAAGCUGAAUUAGCUAAAAAAAAUCUUAGUUCUGAGUCUUCCAGUGUACUGAGAUCUCAAAGCUUCCACGGGCCAGUGAAUUUUGGUAUCAGCGAGUGGAGCGACGAAGAUAUUUCCGCUUCUGCUGAUGAAGCUCCUAUUUAUUAA